GUGUUUCGAUAGAGUCCGAAUUGAAGUGGGAGCAUUGGUGACACUGGAGAAGAGUUUCAACAUACUCGUCCCAAAUUCGAGCGGCCGUUGUGCGUGCAUACUAGGAAAUCAAUAUGGAUAGACAGGAAUCGAUAUGGACACGCCGUAACAAUCUUAGCAGUCUUUCUCUAUCCACCACGCCUACCCAACCCGAUAAUUCUACCACCCCGCGAGACUUCUCAAGUUUAGCUCGUAGAAAUGGCGGCUCCUCGUCCCACGGCCGCUCGAACCCCUUCAGCGCAACGACACCCGGCGGUAGUUUGACGUCUCCGACCAGCGCAGGAGGGGCCAACCAGUUCGGACUCGGAUCCGGCGCGUUCGCAUCCUUCGGUUCGGCUAAGACUCCUAAGGCCCAAGGAAAUCCCUUCGAACAAGCCAUGGGUGCGAUUGGAGCCAAAACUCCUACUGCCGAAAAGACGGCAAAGGAAGCCGCGCGGUCUGCUGCCGUCGGAAAACCAUCGAUGGGUUCUAUUGCCGAGGCGAGCGCUCAGCAGCGGUCUAUCCCCGCUACGCACCCCCUCCGCGACACUUGGGUAUUUUGGUACCGACCGCCUAUUACUAAGGCGAACGGAUACAUUGAAUACGACAAGACUUUACAUGCGAUGAUGGCAGUAAAGACUGCGGAGGAGUUCUGGUUGGCAUAUUCACAUCUGAAACGACCGUCCGCCCUUCCCACGGUAUCAGAUUACCACCUUUUCAAAAAGGGUAUUCGUCCAAUAUGGGAGGAUGAUGAGAACAAGGAAGGUGGCAAGUGGGUAUUACGACUAAAAAAAGGUGUCGCGGAUCGAUACUAUGAAGAUCUUCUAAUGGCGUGUGUGGGCGAUCAGUUUGGGGAUGAGACCGAUGAAGUGUGCGGCGUUGUGCUUAGUAUGCGCAACGGUGAAGACGUGCUUAGCAUCUGGACUCGUACUACUGGACAGAGGGUCCUCAAGAUUCGGGAGACGAUGCGGCGCGUGCUUAACUGCCCACCCGAGACCCGCAUCGAGUUUAAGAGCCACGACGCCAGCAUGCAGCAGCGAUCGGCUAUCGAUGAGAUGCGCCGUGAGAAAGCGGCGCAGAAUCAUCACGGCGAGAAACGAACGCAUAAUAAUAACAAUAUCAACAACAAUAACGCCAAUACCAAUAAACAAACGAGACAGUCGCAGGAUGAGCAACGAUCAUAGUAUAUGUAGUUCCCAUCUGUGAUGAUGGCCGGCGAUAGGGGA